GCCAGACACCAACACUAACGACAACUGGGACGAGGAUCGUCUUGAGAAGAUGCCGGCCGCGACAGCAUCGGCAUCGAGCCUGGUCGAAAACCUCGGCAAAACGCUGCCGCCGCACUUUCAGCAGGCGCAAGCGACGCUGGCAAACCACCGAAAGAACAUUGUCUCGCUGCAUCGGCUUCAUGCAUCGUGCGCGACGCUGACCCAGGACACGCCAAAGGGGACCAAGCUCGUCGGCGAGAAAGCAUUCAACGAUGUGUUCUUGGCCUGCUUGAACCGAGUGCUGGGUGUCAAAAGAGGGGUAGCCAAUGCAGAUCGAACGAUCAAAUUUGUUGCGGGCUACUGUACCUAUGCCCAAGAGCAGUUCAGGCUGGCGCUCCGAGCAGCGAACAAAGGGGCUGGCGCAGAGACAGAAGAUGACGAGGAAGAAGAGGACACGACGGCGACGCGCUUUGUAACGAUCCUUCUCAAGCAUCUUCUCCGCGGAUUCGGAGCCAAGAACAAGAAUGUCAGGCUGCGCUGCUGCCAGACUGUCGCGCUCCUCAUCAAUGGGCUCGAAUCGAUGGACGACGACCUCUUUGAAGCGCUCAAAGGUGCGCUUCUCGUUCGCGCCAAGGAUCGCGAGUCCAGCGUUCGUGUACAAGCUGUCGUCGCGCUCGCCAAGCUUCAAGGCGCGGAGGGCGACGAUGGGGACGACUUGGAUGAUGGAGACGCUACCAACAUCACCUCAGUCCUUCUUCGCGUUUUGCAAUACGAUCCAAGUGCAGAGGUCCGUCGCGCCGCUCUCUUUAACCUCCCGACCAGCCAGAAGACACUGCCCUUCAUUCUUGAGCGGCUUCGCGAUGUCGACACCGUCAACCGCCGGUGUCUGUACCUCGGAAGCCUUUCGAAUGCCGUCCUCGAGCAAUCUUCGUGCAGCGCCAAGCUGGGUCCAGAAGACUGGGCCCACGUCGUCCGAACAGGCCUUGGCGAGCGCGAGGAAAGCGUAGUGCGGGCAGUCAAGAAGCUCAUGGCCAGCUGGAUUGAUGCAGCUUCUUCCUCGGCAAAGGAUCCCCUCGAUUCUUUUCUGACACGAUUCGACGUCCUGCGUUCACCCGAGGUCACUGCUUCAGCUCUGAAGGCCGUCUUCGAGGUGCGACCUACUCUUCUUGACGCAAUUGCAUUUGACGACGACUUCUGGAGCAACUUGACAGCAGAAAGAGCCUUUGUUGCCCGGCAGUUUGUCGAUCACUGCAAGUCUUCCCUGGGAAGGGACGGCGAGCGCCGCAUGGAAGAAGCGAUGCCUCUAGUCACUGCGCUCGCCUUUCGAACACAGGCAGCGUGGGCCUCUCUUUUGGAGAAGCUGGAGGAAGGAGGGCAAGAAGAAGAUGCAGACAUCCUUAUCCGCCAGUCCAUUCUCGAUUCACUGCUCCACGUCUCUAUGUCGGCAGACUACGGCGACGAAAUUGGCCGCCGUAAGAUGUUCGGCCUCGUUCGCGACAUGAUCUCGAGCCCAGUGCUGCCGCAGCCCGUCAUUGAGCCGUGCCUCGACGUGCUGCUCAAGCUGAGCGCGGGUCAGCGUGACUUUGUUCGCAUCGUCGUCGAAAUCGUCAACGAGAUGUGGGAUCUCGAUGGAGAGGCUGAUGGCCAGGACAACAGCGACGAGGACGAGGAUGAAGACGAUGAAGCAGAGGUUGAAGAUCAAAUCUUGAAUGGAGGCGCAAGUCCGACGAAGCGGAGCACAGGAGGACGCACAACAGCACUCAGCCCAGAGGAAGCUCAAGUAGCUGUGAGAAGGCUCGUCAUCGUCCGUGGGAUGCUUGAACGGGUGGCGGGAGGGAUGCAGGAGAACACGGCCAUGCACGGUCUCGUCUCGCAGCUCAUCGCACCCGCUGUCAAGUCCAAGGACGAAUCCAUCCGACAGCAAGGUCUUGCCUGCCUGACACUCUGCUGCCUCCUCGACGCCAAGCUGGCCUUGAAUACGUUUGGCCUUUUCCUGCAACAAAUGCAAGAAGCCCAGGGUCUCGUACGCUUGACAUCGGUACGCGCAGUAUUCGACAGCCUGACGGUACAUGGCAUUCCAUAUCUAUGCCGACCACAGGUGGCUGCGGCAGGUGGCGGGCCAGAGGCUGUUGCUAUGGUGCAUGCGCAGAUGGUCAACUUCCUCCUCAGCCUCUUAGAGGAUGAAGACAUCGACGUGCAGGCCACGGCAGCCGAAGGCAUGGCCAAGCUCAUGCUGGCGGGCAUCGUCGAGGACGAUGAUGCACUUCGAAGCUUGGUCCUCGUCUACAUGAGCCCGGAGACGACAAACAACCAGGCACUGAGACAGUGCUUGAGCUACUUCUUGCCCGUGUACUGCUUCUCGAGCGCAGCUUGUCAGCGCCGCCUGCAGAGGGUCUUCCUUCCCAUCCUUCAGGUGCUCACGGAGGUCUACUAUGAGCGGGACGAAAGCACGCAGGACAUGGUGACGCCCUUGCAAGUCGGCCUCCAGCUCGUGGAAUGGACCGACCCGACCAAGGUUCACUCAACCUCUGUCGUGGACCAGACGAUCCAUCUGGGCGUCGCCAUGGACCUGAUCCGGGCGCUGUACAAGGUCGAAGACAAAGAAGAGCGGAAGGUCAUGGUCCAGCUCCUCGGCCGGCUCUACCUUCCACCGCAAGAAGAAGAAGAAUCAAGUACGGGUCCGACUGUUGUCGUGGAAAAGGAGAAGGCCGCGGUGCUCGUUCUCUUGAUGGCGACGCUCAAAUUCAAUCUUCCGCUGGAGGAUGCAACGUCGCGCAACGCAUUCGACAAGUUCGAGACAGCAUUGCGCAAGCGGUACCCCGCCUCGCUCGAAUACCUUGGCGAGGACGAGUGGUGGAAGUCGGACUCUGGCGAGGACGAGGAAGAAGAAGGGAGCGAGGCACUGGCGGGCGUCAAGGCUUUCUGGACCCAGUGCGGCCUGGACCAGGACAGGUGGGUCGCGAAUGCGCCAGCGGCGGGCACUGGCGGAGGAGCGAGGAAGCGAUCAACGAGGAGCGCGUCGACGACGGCGGGAACUCCAGCCCGGAGAAGCACCAGAGCUGCGGCCACCAGACCGACGAGAGGAAAUGCUAGAAAGGAGGAGGAAGAUAGUGACGGGGAAGGAGAUGAACUUGAGGAGGAGGACGGAGCUGAGAGCAUUGUGGACGAGGGUGAAGAGGAAGACGAGGAGGAAGACGAUGAUGAGUGAAGGAACGAGCCAAGUACGGCACUCUCUGUUUCGUAUGUAAUUGUAUGAUUGAGAAGUCCAGACCGUCAAAAG